AUGGCUAGUAUCCACAUUGUUGAGGCAACAGAAGAAUUGGGUCAAGGAUUGGCACAGAAGGAGUUGAGAGAAAUCCGACAGAAACAAAGACAUGAUCCUUUAAUUGAUAGAUUAAGAAAAGUGUCAUUUGAUGGGAAGCAUAAAAUUGCUGAUAGAUUUGAAGAACAAGAAUAUGUUGUGGUUGAGCAACCACAAACAAAUAUUCCAGUGUACCGAGUAAAAGAAAUGGGUUCAGGUAGAGAAAAAGUUCUCCACAGAAACUUAUUGAUUCUGAUUAAAAGUAAGAAUGAAGUUUUUGAUAGUGGGGGAACAGAGAAUAUUGGACUUGAGAAAAGUUCAAAUGGGUCAGAAGUGAGUUCUGAUAAAGAAGCCAAAGAUGAGACAGUUGUAUGUGACGUCACUUAUGAAGAAGAUGAAGAUGGACUAGAUUUUGUAGUUACUACAAAACAAAUUGGGGACGCCCAAAAUCCAUGCAUAGAAGUGAAGGAAGCAGAUUUAGAUAUACACAUUGAAGAGAGUCAAGAAGAAGAACAUGAAGAUAGUCUGAGAGACUUAGAAGAAAUUGUUUCUGCUGAGCGGACAGAAGAAACCAUAGACGAACCUGAAGAAAGAACUGAUGAAGCAGGUGAAAAAGCUGCUGAUAUGACUGGUCAAGGAGCUGAGAUACUCCAAGGCAACAGUAUAGAAGCAGCUGAAGAACCCUUAGGACAUGACACUGAAAAAGACAUUCAGCAUACAGACACAGAUCAGGAUGUUAGAAUAGAAGAGAGGACACAGAGAAGCCAUUCUGUUGCAACUGAAACAACUAGAGAACCUCCAGUCCCAGUACCGAGAAGAUCUACCAGAGACAGACAUCCACCAAAUAGACUUAAAGAUAUUUAUCUUAAUUGCAUGGUUGAAACUUCUCAUGAUUGUCUAGGCAUGAUAAUGGGUGUAGCCGGCAGCUCUGCUCAGGGAAUGUCCCCGCAGAUGACCCCCUGGAACCAGGGAGCUACUUCCGGGUACGCAAACGCCUGGUCCCCAGGGGUGGGAAGCGGUAUGACCCCAGUGACAGCUGGAUUUUCCCCGUCUUUAAGCGAGAGCGGCUACAGUCCUGGCUACAGUCCUGCCUGGUCAACACAGCCUGGCUCACCCAGCUCGCCCUCCAGCCCAUAUAUUCCAAGCCCGAGAGGUCCUAUGUCUCCAAGCUACAGCUCCACCUCGCCUUCGUACAUUCCCAGCUCGCUUGCAAUGUCUGGAGGCACUCCACAGAGUCCUGGGUACUCUCCCACCAGCCCCAGUUACAGUCCAACGAGCCCUGGGUAUUCACCGACGUCGCCUAACUACAGUCCGACAUCACCAUCGUAUUCACCUACAAGUCCAUCAUACAGUCCUUCGAGUCCAUCAUACAGCCCGACCAGUCCGUCAUAUUCCCCAACCAGCCCAAGCUACAGUCCAACAAGUCCUAGCUACUCUCCAACGUCGCCCAGUUACAGCCCUACUUCACCGAGCUACAGUCCGACAAGCCCCAGCUAUUCCCCAACCAGCCCCAGUUAUUCUCCCACGUCACCGAGUUACAGUCAAACCUCACCCUCCUACUCUCCCACAUCCCCUAGCUACUCCCCCACGUCGCCUAGCUACAGCCCCACCAGCCCCUCUUACUCCCCCAACUCCCCGAGCUAUUCCCCUACGUCGCCCAGUAACUCCCCUACUAGCCCCAAUUACAUCCCCAGCUCGCCCAGCUACAGCUCCUCCAGCCCUAGCUACUCCCCUUCGUCACCUGCUUACUCCCUCUCCAGUCCGAACUACAGCCCCUCUUCACCCUCAUACUUCCCCUCCUCACCAAAAUACAGCCCACAAUCCCCUUCUACUCGCCAACAAGCCCCUCAUAUUCACCCUCCAGCCCCAAAUAUUCACCCACAUCCCCGAGCUACUCCCCUGGAAACUUCAGCUACUCGCCAAGCUCCCCUCAAUAUCCCCCCUUAUCCCCGGCGUAUUCACCCUCCUCCCCUGCAUACAGCCCAGGCAUGGCCAGUGACCGAGGCUCCCACAAAGGUGGAUAAGAUGAGGGAUCGUAUCAUGCAACUGUUUGAGAAAGCAAAGCAGAAAUUGAUAACUGAGGCAAACGACUUUAAAACUUCAGAGAUUAAACGAAUUGGUAAUAAACGUGACACCUCGCUGAAACUAAAGGAAGAGGUAUAA